AUGGCAACGCUCCCUGGCUCCUCCGAGACUGAGGCGUCACCUGUAGCUCAUGGAGCGCCAACCACUUUUCACGACUGGCCUCAGCUUUCUAAUGAGCUCAAACUUGAGGUUUUGUCGUAUUUGCUCACCUUUUCUGUAGGCAUUGAUAUUUACCGGGGGACUCCUUCUUACGACUCCCGUAUGGAAGAUUCACACCAGAAGCGCUUAGACGAUCACCUCUUUCCUCUGAUUGCAACCAGAAAUAGCAACUUAGCCCAUCUUGCGCAAGAAGCCUACUACAAGCAUAACAUCUUCAUAUUACACUUCAUGUUUGAUUUCGAUAACAUCACCUACUGGCCAAAGGCUUCUUGUGCCAAAAAGAUCCGGCACGUGAUGAUUUACCUAGGAUUAUACACUGGUUCUACUUUGGAAGAGCUUUUGCUUGAUUGUCAGGGAGCAGCCCUGUUCCGACCUACUAAAAACCUCGGAACCGAUGCUAUUACCUGUCCUAAAGGAAAGGCUGAGGCUACAAGAAUUGCCGAAACCAUACAAGACCAUCAGGAAACAUAUCCACUUUUCAACAAUUUACAGACUCUUUUCAUCGAUGCCUCCAUAUCGGAAAGAUAA